UUCAUCAAUAACUAUUAGACUAGGAAUUACGUUGGUCUUUAUCUAUAAAGUUUGAUCUCAGAUAUUUGUACUUGUUAUUUAUAUUUUAUAAAGUAGCUGCAUGAUGAAUAGAAUGAAAAAAAUCGAAGAUAAUAGAAAGUAAUUUGAUCACGUUUAAUGAAUAUAAGUUUUACAUAAAAACCAUAUAAAAUAUUUAAAUAUAUUUAUAAAUAGUCACCAGUGAAGAUUUUAUUUCUAUAUUUAAUCUGAUUACGGCUGACUAUACUGAAGAUGCAAUAUCACGAGAUUCUAGAAGCAUCGUAAUCUAAACAAAAUCAUUAUCUUGGAGAUUUCCAACGACAAUCACAGACGUUAGUUUCUUUAUACGAUUAAGCAAAAGGACUGGAAUAAGCGACAGCUGAUUUUGAAUGGAUAUUUUAAGCUAAUGAAUCCAAUCAAUUGUUUUAAUUAUGAUAACUGACUAAAUAAUGUACAGACAAAUCAUCCUUUGGUUUAAAUUUUUCCCUGUACACAAGAUUGGACAGUGUCUUACUUUAAAAUGUCUAUUCUUUGUUCAAUAUUGGGUGUGGAUGAUAUGGAGUAGAAAUAAUUUUAGAAAAAACCAACAAAUAUUACCUCAAUAUGAACUGGUAAUUACAGAUCAUAAUGUAGCGUGCAAUAUACUACGUUAAAAUGUACUUUGAAUAAAUGAUAAGUACAUUUGAAUUUAAUGUUUCAUAUGUUAUACUCUUCAUGAAUUAAAUUCACAUGGUAUAUUA